CCCAUGAGUCCUGUAAAGCGCUUCUUUGGUUAAGACUCAUGGGAUUUGUUGUUAAGAAAUUCGUGAUGCUAGAGCUUUGACAUUUUACAAGCCUAGAGCUUAAAAAAACAAACAAACAAAAAAAAAACACUUUCUGUUUCUCCUCCCCGAGUGAAUCAUCUUCUUCAAUCUACGAUCUUUUCUAACCGUGGUCACAUGACGCCUGCUUGCCGCCACAUCAGGGCUGCAGCGUGGCUCCUGUUUAUCUCCCGGUUCUGUGUUCAGUCGUUCACCUUGUUCUCCGCCCAUCGUCCGUCCGCUGAGGACACCCACGAUGCUCCAGCUGAGGUCGUUUAUCCAGCAGCGUCUGAGCGCAGCGGCGGAGGAGAUCCUCGGGGAGGUGGAGAGGACCGUAUCGUUAGCUCUGUCCGGAGCCCAGCUUCACCCGCCCAAAGAGGAGCGCCACAAUGAAAAGCUCCAGCCUGUGCAGCAGACACCAGCCACACCGACUCCACUGACUGACGGCAGGGUGACCGGACAGGAAGCGCUGCAGGAGGCCGCGACACAGGCGGAGUCGAACCUGAGCGCAUCUGCGGCCCCAAGCUCCUCUGACACGACCGCAGACGCUCAGAGCAACGAUGGGAGCUCCCGCUUUGUGCUGCUUGACGUGCAGAUAAAAGAGGAACAGGAGGUCGUUAUUUCUUCUACUGAGGUCGUGACAAAUGAGCGAGAUCGAGCAGAAACGCAGGCGCCUGGCGAAGUGCAGCCAGUUUAUUCAGACGGCUCCGAAGCUCAGAAUGAGAGCGGCAGCAGCAGCGGUGAGGAGUGGGGGCGGAGCAGAGGGGCGAAGGCGAAGAGACGGAAGCUUCUGAAAAGCGUGAGGCAGAAGGACGAGGAGGUGUUGCCUGAUGGAGACGCUUCUGACAAAAAUCAAAAGGACCAACGGGUUUGUCCUGUUUGUGGCAAGAGUUUCCGGUACACGCACGCCUUCAUGAAACACAUAAAAACACACAAGCAGGCCACUGAGUCCACGAUGGAGCUUCUGGGUCGCUUGCAGACGGCCCACAGCAGGCCCCCCGUGUGCGAUAUUUGCAGCAAGGAGUUCACUAACCUGAACUCGCUGCAGAUACAUUCAAAAACGCACACGGGGAGCAAAGACUUCAGAUGCCAAGACUGCGGCAAGUCCUUCAUCCAAAAGGAGCACCUGAUUGUGCACAGGAGGACGCACUCUGGUGACCGACCGUACCGCUGCGGGAAGUGCGGGCAGCUGUUUUACACCCGCGGCCAUCUCAAAGCGCACAUGGAGCGUUUCUCCGGACUGAAACCCCACGGCUGCGACGUCUGUGGCAAAGUCUUUUGCCAGAGGCGACGGUUCGUCCAGCACAGGAAAGAGCACGUGGCAGGGAGCGCUGAGUGACAGCUACAUCUACGGACACACCCAUGUAGAUACUUUUUCUUACGUAAAAAUGCAUCAAUGAACACUUAAUUUGCUUGUUUGAUUUUCCACAAAUGCAAAAACUAAAGAGAAUAUUACAGCGCAAAUGUUCACAGCCUGGAAACAGUGUGAAGGCUUAUAGCUAAAAUCAGAAUAGCUAAUUCAGACAUUACGGUUGUAUAACGUCCUCUGCGACUCUAAAGAGAGCUCUGCAAGACGCAACCCAGUUAAUGCCAUUAUCUUGCAUUAUGGGAAUUGUAGGAUCUGAUGUUUUGGGAGCCCCAACUAGCAACGAAAAGCCAGUAUGUGUCAGCCACUGCUGCUUCAGUCGCUUUGUGGCCGCCACAAACUCGAUGACGGUAUCAAGAAUAACUAUUGGAUUACCCCUUUAAUCUCGCAAUAGUGACUAUUCAAUGAUUUUUUUUCUUUGAUCUAACUGGGGUUAAUCACAUGGCUGACUGCUUUAUCUUUCAUUUUGUUGCAUCAAACACUUUAUGGCAAUAUUUUCCCUAUUUUGGACGAUGAAUUUCUUUCCAUUACUUCGGGAAACAUACGUGAAGGCAGCACAAACCAACAUGGAGAUGAGUGAAUGUGACACAGAACAGGAGAAUAUUAUCAACCCGACCAUCAGGACCUUCGCUUUUGUUUUGUGCUUGAUUGAAAUUUUGCACGAAGCUUCUAAAUAAAAGCAGAAAACGAAUCAAAUAUGAGUAAUCACCUUUUAUUUGUCGCGUAUGCGGUAUAAUUGAAAAAUGUAAAAGACAUGAUAUUCAUUGAAUUUGACAGGAAGUGUGCUUUGUUUUGAUAGGCAUCAUUAACCGGAAGUGAAAUCGCCUUAAUUGGGAUGUGGGGUUUAUUUUCGUCAUGUUGCACAGCUCUAGUUCAAGCUAUCAGUUUGUACAGACGCUAUACGAUUAAAAAGUCACGAUAACUCUGGUUCCUACAUCGAUGUGACAAAAAUGGAGUCUGAGGGAAUUGAGUUGUAAUCUGGUGAAAUACACCAGAAGAGAAUUAUUUUGCUUCUCAUGAUUAAUGUUUAUGUCUGCGUUUGCGGCAUGUGCAAUGUAGUUCACCAUUAUUUAUGAAUUCAUCCUCUCAGCUCUAUAGUCCGACCGCACAGUUCAUCGAAUCUCAGUCAGAAUUGCAAUAUGGCCGAUUGCAAUUACCAAAACGCAGGAGCUGCAAUUUAUUGGGUAAAUGUAAAAUGUGUCAUUACACACCAUUUUAUAAAUGAAGCAUUGUGGUGCCUCAGAGAUGCUCCGGCCUACAAAGCAUAUUCGUACAUUACAUUACAUUUUAUGGUUAAAAUCACAGCAAAAACCACAUCAUCGUUGUUUUUAUAGAUUGUCAGUUAAAAAUGAAAUGCAAAAAAAUAACCAUUCCCCCGUCUGUUAGUGUGUCUUGCAUAUUGUUUACACCCACUUCACAGACAGAAAAGCCGACCGUGGUUUAAUUAAACACCAGUCAUUAAAAGUCAUUGCAUAUAUUUUUACAUUGACACGUAUAAGCAGUAAUAACAGCACAGUAGGAAGAUUUAGCUCUGCCCCUCCAGGCGAAGUUUCCCCCAAAAGAAAACAUUUGUCCUUCGACAGUUUGGCCUACAGGUGGCAGCAGAUACAGCAAAGUUA